AUGGACGGUGUUGAGGUUCAGCCACACAUUCAACUCCGCAAGGGUCAGGUGCACCCCGUAGUGCUUACUAUGGGCGACCCGAAGCGUGUCGAUGAAGUAACGGCUCUUUGUGACAGUUUUGAGAAUUUAACAUUCAACAGAGAGUUUAAAUCUGCAAAUGCGGUGAAGAACGGUCAGAAGUUUACCGUGAUAUCUCACGGAAUUGGCUCUUGCAGCUCGAUGAUAUGCUUUGAAGAGCUGAUUAAGUUGGGUGCGAAAGUCAUUAUCAGGGCAGGAACAUGCGGAAGUAUGAAGCCUGCAACAAUAAAGCAAGGAGAUAUUGUUGUUCCUUAUGCAGCAGCAAGGGAUAAUGAUGUAUGUGAUUUAUACGUGCCUAUUCGUAUGCCGGCAGUUGCAACACCUCGUAUAUCUCAAGCUUUAUUGAAGGCAGGAGAAGACCUGAAAAUAAACGUCAGAUCAGGCAUUGCACUGACUAAUGGUGUCUUCUACGGACACGGACAAGAACAUAUUGAUAAUUUAACUAAUUGGUCAAAGUUUACAGAUAUCGUAGACUGCGAAUUCCAAGCACUCUUCCUUGUUGGUAUCGGUAGAGGGAUUGAAACAGGAGCAAUUGCAGCUGUUGAUGGUUCUCCUCUGCAGUGGGAUCAGGCUAACUACGACCCAACAGGAAAAGUUGUAGGGGCUGCGAAGGAGAGAAUGCUGAAGGUUGCAAUUCAUACAUGUGCUGAGCUGGCUAAAGAGUUCAGCAGCAAGUAA